CAUUUCGAGGGAACCCAGGUCCCAGAGCCCCCAGCCCCCGCCCCCUUUGGAGACACAGCUACCUGCUGUCCCCUCCCUUUCUCCGGGGCCCGCCCUCACCUCUCCCGCCCCGUCCCCGGGCUGGGCGGGGCCGUCCGGGCCUUUCCCGCGGCUCCCGCUCUCCCUCCCAGGGCGCCGAGGGACCAUGGCAGCGGCGGCGGCCCUGCGGGGUCGGCAGCGGGAAGAGCCCCGCGCGCUCGGCCGGGCGGUGAGGCUGCUGCAGCGCCUGGAAGAGCGGUGCGGGGACCCCCGGCUCUCCUCGAGCCCCCCCUCUCUGAGGGACCUGCUGCCCCGCACCGCGCAGCUACUGCGGGACGUGGCCCAGGCCCGGAGGGCGGCCGGCGGAGGCGGCCCCGAGCGUCCCGGGGGCGCGGGGGACUUCCUCGUCGUCUACCUGGCCAACCUGGAGGCCAAGAGCAGGCAGGUGGCGGAACUGCUGCCACCCCGGGGCGGGAGGAGCGCCAACGACGAGCUCUUCCGGGAGGGCUCCAGACUCAGGCGACAGCUGGCCAAGCUGGCCCUCAUCUUCAGCCACAUGCACGCGGAGCUGGGCGCGCUCUUCCCCCAGGGAAAGUACUGCGGACACACGUACCAGCUCAUCAAGGCGCCGGCCCACGCCUUCUGGAGGGAGCGCUGCGGGGCCCGGUGUGUGCUGCCCUGGGCCGAGUUUGAGUCCCUCUUGUCUACCUGCCACCCUGUGGAGUCAGGCGCCACUGCCCUGGCCUUGCGCUCCACCAUCGACCUCACCUGCAGUGGCCACGUGUCCAUCUUCGAGUUUGAUGUCUUCACCAGGCUCUUUCAGCCGUGGCCGACACUCCUCAAGAACUGGCAGCUCCUGGCUGUCAACCACCCGGGCUACAUGGCCUUCCUCACGUAUGACGAGGUCCGAGCGCGCCUGCAGGCCUGCAGAGACAAGCCAGGCAGCUACAUCUUCCGGCCCAGCUGCACUCGCCUGGGGCAGUGGGCCAUCGGAUACGUGAGCUCAGAUGGCAGCAUCCUGCAGACCAUCCCUCCCAACCAACCCCUGUUCAAGGCCCUCCUGGAAGGACGAAAGGAAGGCUUCUACCUCUACCCUGAUGGGAAGAACCACAAUCCAAACCUAACAGAACUCUGCCAGAUGGAACCCCAUCAGCGCAUCCAAGUGUCGGAGGAGCAGCUGCAGCUGUACUGGGCCAUGGACUCCACGUUCGAGCUCUGUAAGAUCUGUGCCGAGAGCAACAAAGACGUGAAGAUCAAGCCAUGUGGGCAUCUGCUAUGUAGCCGCUGCCUGGCCGCCUGGCAGCACUCGGACAGCCAGACUUGCCCCUUCUGCCGCAGCGAGAUCAAGGGCCGGGAGGCUGUGAGCAUCCACCAAUUCCCAGGGAAGCCGGAGGAAGCCAGGGCCGCUGCUGAGGACCCGAGGGACGGCAGUGACCAGGAAGAUGGGGAGGAGGAGCUGGAACAGGUGGCCUCCUUAGCUCCCCCGCUGCCCCCUCGGCUAGAUCUGUCCCCCAGGAGACCCAGAGAUGAAGGCCAGCCGAAGGUGGCACCUCUGGCCCUCCCCAGACUCCGGGCUCCUCUUGCCUUGCCAAGAUUUAGGACUGUGGCCUCGGCCCUGUGGGAAAGUACCUCCAGCCCCCAGGCCGGGGAGGGAGCCACAGAAGACUCCUAAAGGGAAAGUCACCCCUUCAGCUGCCCCUGUGGGGCCCGUGAUCGCUGCCCAGGCCCGGAGGCCAGGGCACCAAGAUGUGCUGCUAAAGGGAGCCCCAGGGGCUGGAAGGGGUUUGUGGAGCAGAAAUAAACUGCCAAGCCUGGUCUGUCCUCUGGUGUGUGGAGAAAGGGGACAGUGGCCAC